AUGGCGGCUCUGCAGGCUCACCCCGAGAAGGAGGCCCUCGAGCGGCGCAAGCGGGAGAAGGAGAGAAUGUCCGCCCCACCUCCUGCAGCAGCGCCGCAGAGGGCCGCAGAGUCCUCCGACGGCGAAGCCCCUGGCCCGGCGCUAAAAAAGGCAAAGACGCUAGUCGAAACAGAGCACCUCAUUCGUGAUGCUCGCCCUUACAUGUGCGUUGAGCUCUCCUGUCCCAGGAAGUUCCAACCAUAUGCUACCAGGGAGGAAUGGGUCGCGCAUAUAGACGAACACUACUCCACACGCGCGCCCAAGCGAUCCGCGGAGCGGCUCCGUUGCCCGAUCUGCGGGUUCGUCUACCCCGGGGCUGACAUGGGCAUCGGCAAAAUCGCCACACAUCUCUCACGCCACCUCGAGCUCAUCGCCGCAGUGGUGAUCAUCCCAGGCGUCACUCUCACCGGCCCGGACGAGGGUGGAGGCGGGGCCAGCACGCCCGAACGCGAGCCUGGGAGGAGCGGGAGAAUGGACGUGAACGUGAACGUACUUGACGAGAGCUCUGAGGCUGGCAGGGACAAGGGAGAUUCCUCUACCAGCUUUAACCCGGGCCACGCGCAGUUCUAG